CUUGUAUACCAUUUAAUUUAUUUUUCAGUUUGUGUUGCAUUCAAAAAAGGCAACCUCGCAACCCGACAGAGCCAUUUUCACAAGCCACAGGUGCCGCCGUGUGCCAUGUCGUUCGAUUACAGCGGCGACGAGAUCCUCUGUAGCGGAUACCUCACGAAGCGUGGCCAUGUCGUGACGAACUGGAAGAUGCGCUUCUUUGUCUUGCGUCCUCAUGCCAACUUGUCGUACUACGAAGACGAAAGCAUGAGCAAGAAGUUAGGCCAGGUGCACUUGGCCAAGGUCGCGCCGUGGGAGUACAAUGGAUCGCUCACGAGGAGUCUUUCCAAGCGAGACCUACGUACCAGUGACGAUUCGCGGUAUGGCUUCAUGUUCUUCACAACCAAACGCGUCGUGUACUACAUCUACACGUCAUCGGCGAACGAGCACCAAAAGUGGUUCAACGCCGUGGCCGACUUUUACGUACACACGUCAACCACUGCCGACUGCGAAGGCUACAUGACAAAGAAGACCCCAGGCACACUUUUCUCGUUUUCUCGGCCCAAAUUUUACGUCCUCAUGGGCGCCGUCGUCAAGUGCUUUGAGUCGGAGGACGCAUAUCGAACGCACGAGUCUCCUAUAUCCGUCCUCCACAUCCGCGCCGCGUCUCGAUGGGAAGAUGGCAUUUCGUUCCAGGGCGAGGCAGGCGCCAUGCUGUUUCUUUCGGCACCGUCUGAAACGGACCAACAGAGAUGGCUCGUAGCCACACAGGAGAAGGUCGGGUCGUCCCUGCAACCCAUUGCUUGCGCUGGGUAUCUGACCAAGCAAGGGCAUAAGCGCAAGAGCUGGAAGCGACGAUACUUUGUCCUGCGGGGGGCGCUCUUAUCGUACUACACCGACUACGAGUCGGCGAACAAGCAGUGCCUAGCCGAAGUCGGUAUCGAAGACGUGCAGGUCUGGGAUGGCGAGAUGCACGGGUUCAUGUUCACGACGACCGAGCAAGUCAUGUACUACGUCUAUGCCGACACGGAAAGGGAGCGGCAGAAGUGGCUUGUCGCGCUCAAGGCGUUGCUGGACGCGCAAUCGAACCGGGCGCCGACGCCGCUGGCCAUGGUGCCGCCGUCUCAGCCUGCGCCUUCGAAAGUGUGUCCCAAAUGCAGGCACUUGGUCACGGUGAGCAAAUUUUGCGGUCACUGCGGCCACCACGUGGACAUGCCGUACGAAGAACCUGUGCCGCGGCCGCCGAGGACGCCGCCACGACAACCACACCAGCAAUCUCCACAGGAAUCGGUGCGGGAAAAGCGCUACCCCAACGACGACGACGACGAUCGGCAAGAGCGAAAUGGGCAGACGCUGUUGAUCGCUGUCAUGCAAGCAACGGAAACGGGACGGAACUUGUUGGACCACAACCGAAAGGUGGAGGAAUUACUUGCGAGGCACCAAAACGAUCCCACGGCCAUGCCAGAGGACACGACGGUAGACCAGUCUGUGGACGAAGAGCUCAUUGCGGCCCUGGAAAAAGCGAACCUGCACACGGAGACACCUUCAGCGUCGCCGGGGGGCAACCAGGCCACCCACAACGUGAUUGUCGUUCGGCCUUCCCGUAUGGCGGACGACGAAGAUUACUCCGAGUCGGAAGAAGAGCAGCAUCCGAACCAGAACGGACGGUACACGAAUGACUCGACGGACGACGAUGACCACGACCCGCCGAUUCUUGGUGACGACAAAGGCGACAUCCGUGACAGCUCGUUGUGUGAACUCGUCAUGGACGGGAUUGCGAUCGGGGACGAAGCAGGGAGCACGGUCGCGCCGCCCCGGUCGAAAAUCGAGGCGUACUUGGAGGACGCGCUCGGAUUUGACGCGCAGUGGGUUCCGUCCCGCGAAGCCAAGACCAGCUGCCGGUUUUACACGUCCAAGAAUUACAACAGUGCUGCCGACGUCUUGUUGUUUCUGGGCGACUCUGGCCAAGUGGGUGUUUGGAAAGAUCCUGCAAAGGUGAUUGACGACCCGCACAGCCCCAUGUCGAUGCUGCCGUACGUGGAAAUGGCGCUCAAGUACAACUUUGGCGUCGUGCUGUGCAACCUUCAUGCCAACACUGUGGAUGUAAUGGAUGGGGCCACAGUUCGUACGCUCACGGUGGACCACUCCGCAUCUCCCGCUGAACAUUUGAACUUUGUCUGGGACAACUACAUUGCGUCGAACGUGCCGUCGACCACUCGCGUUGCGAUCGUCGCGGCUGGCAACGCGGGGAAAGCCGUCGUUACGCUGAUGCAAGAAGAAGAAGCGAGUGUGUACGAGAAGCUCCGACGUGUCGCAUUUUUGCAGUCGACGCAUUCGGUCGAUAGCAGCUUGAGCAUGGUCGUGCUCGAGUGUCUCGGCCGUCGCGCAAUCAAUUGGGAAGCGUCGGAGGGACAAGCGCUGUGCAGCCAAGUGGUCGUUUCGCAGUCUCGGGUUGGAUGCGUGUGCAUGUCGACGGGGUUUAAGACCACGAUCCCUGCCGAUGUGGCCGCCAUGUACCCCUUCGACUUGACCGCCGACCACCUCAAACACAUGCAAGUACCGGUUUUCGCUUACUUGACGGCAAAUCCGGCGGUGCCUGGCAUGACCGCAAUUGUAAAGCACAUGCGAUCCACGUUAAAGAAGGGUCGAACUUCGUCUGGCCGAACACGCGCCCCCACUGUCACGAACGACCCACCUGCAUCGACGCAAUGCCCUGCUGCCCCACAGACUCCAUCGCCCGUCAAGCCUUCCCACAUGUCGCCCGAUCCUUCGAUAACGCAGUACUACAUCCCUGGGAUGCGUGGUCACACAAGUGCCGCCGAAAUGGGCAAGAAACGCCAGCAAGCGGGAACAGGUCGCAGCAACAUCAGCAUCAAGGACUUCGACUUGUUAAAGGUUGUCGGCCAAGGUGGGUUUGGCAAGGUCUUUAUGGGCAAGAAGGUGUCGGGACCCGAUAGCGGAGAAGUGUAUGCGAUCAAGGUGCUGCAAAAAGACCAGGUCGUAUCGAACGGACUGGUGCACACCACCAUGGCGGAACGGCAUAUUCUGAUCGAAGUGGCGCAUCCGUUUGUGGUCAAACUGCACUAUGCGUUCCAGAGUGACUCGAAGCUGUACUUGGUCAUGGACUACCUCAGCGCCGGUUCGCUCGCAGUCCAUUUGCGAAAAUGGCGCAAAUUCCCUGAAACGUUUGCUCGUUUUUACGCGGCCGAAGUCGCGUUGGCGAUUGCGCACUUGCAUCAAGUUAAUAUCAUCUACCGCGACGUGAAGCUUGAGAAUGUCCUCAUGGACAGCGUCGGCCAUGUCAGCAUUGCCGACUUUGGGCUGUCCAAGCAAGGCGUGUCUGGCUUGAAGGGCGCCAAGACCUUCUGCGGGACGGCGGCGUACAUCGCGCCCGAGCUGCUCAAGGGCCAAAACUACGGCAAGGCUGCCGACUGGUGGUCCUUCGGCAUUUUGCUAUAUGAAAUGAUUGCUGGCAAGCCGCCCUACUACCAUCGGAACCGCGACAUUAUGUUCCAGACAAUCUUGACGCAGCAGUGGGUUACGUUCACUCCUGGAUUUUCCGACGCAGCGGUUGACUUGAUCCGGGGGCUCUUGAAUCGGGACCCGAUGCAGCGGCUCGGCAGUGGGCCAACUGGCGCUGACGAAGUUCUGUUGCAUCCUUUCUUCAAGGAGUUCGAUUGGCAACUCAUGCUCAAGCGUCAAGUCAAGCCGCCGUACGACCCGCAAGUGGGCAAGCUGGACACUGUGUACGUCCCUCGCAACGUCAGGCAGGACGGGGUCACUGCUCGGGACCGAGAAGCCAGUAUGCUCUUUUCUCACGACGGCGAUUUCCGCGGUUUUAGCUUCGUCGGUGGUCACGCGCCGGAUCUUUCAUAGUUUCAGCGUUGUAGAACCAUCACAUCAAAAUGUAACACAUGUUUAC